CGGGGUCGCUUACACCACAAAGUCGCUCAUCAACUCCACUCGCUUCAUGUUUCAAGCUGACUCAUAGUUUCCUUGAUAAAACGGCCGUCGUAGUCAUCAUAUAUAAUUGAAAUAGACAAGAGGUGUUCUAUGACGACCACCAUGACGACCACAGAGCCUCCGGUGUCCAGAUCGAGGCUGGAGAUUAAUUUAAUUCGACUUCUGGAGGAGACGCAGCAGAUGGCCAACGGGAAUAAAACGAAGGAUUGGAAAUAUGAAAAGUGGCUGGAGGAUCGGAGAUUGGUAGUCCUAUACGGGAGUCAGACAGGAACGGCACAGGAAGUAGCAGAGAGGAUUGGCCGGGAAGCUCAGCGAUAUUUCUUCCUGGCAACAGUUGCUGCCAUGGAUGACUACCCCAUAGAGGACUUCUUUGGGAGCAAACUGGUGAUCUUUGUUGCUUCAACGACUGGCCAGGGAGAUGACCCAGACAACAUGCGGGUGUUUUUCAAGUCUCUGUGGGCCAGGAGGAAGAACAGGCAGCUCCUAUCACACCUUAACUUUGGGGUGAUUGGCUUGGGGGACUCAUCCUACCAGAAGUUUAACUAUGCAGCUAAAAGGCUCAAUAAUCUGCUCUUGUAUCUGGGUGGGCAGCCUCUCCAGAAGAUUGGAUUAGGGGAUGACCAGCAUGAUCUUGGGCCGGAUUUUGUGGUUGAUUCUUGGCUGAAAGAUUGGUGGGCCAAGGCAAUGGAACUAUACCCAUUCCCUGAGGGCCUAAAACCAAUAGAUAAAGCUAUUUUGCCCAUGUCAAAAUAUAGAGUUAGGUUUGUUGAUGAAGAUAGUAUUGAUAAGGAUCAAUGUGAGAAGUAUGUGUAUUGCCCAGAAAAGGAGGCAUCACAGAUGAAUCCAUGCAUGGCAAAUCUGACAAUGAACAAAAGAGUGACAGCUCCAGAUCAUUUUCAGGAUGUCAGACUUCUUGAGUUUGACAUCAGUCAUAUAAAGAAAAGGCACAUGCCUGGGGAUGUCCUCAUGGUACAGCCACAAAACAUGGAAGAGCAUGUGGAAGAAUUUCUUAAUGUGCUGGGAUUUGACCCUGAGAGGAAGUUCUUCUUAGAGCAAAAUGAUCCUAACACACCUCUCCCACCUCUUUCAGUUCUCCCAAGACCAUGUACAAUGAAGGAGUGUGUGACCAACUACCUAGACAUAUUGUCUGUUCCAAAGCGAUUCUUUUUUGAGCUCCUAGCAUUUUUCACUACAGAUGAGACAGAGAAGGAAAAGUUUGAGGAGUUUGCAUCAUCUGAAGGACAACAGGACCUCUUUGACUAUUGCAACAGACCCAAGAGAAGCAUCAUGGAAGUCUUGGCAGAUUUUCCGCACGCAAACAAGAACAUUCCCUUUGAUUACCUCUUUGACCUUGUGCCUCCCAUCAGGCCAAGACCUUACUCCAUUGCCUCAUCAAGCCUCAUGUUUCCGGGAAGGGCACAGCUUCUGAUAGCAGUUGUAAACUACAAGACAAUCCUGAAGCGACCAAGGUUGGGCCUCUGUACAAACUGGCUCUCCCGGCAGAGUACAGGUGCUCUCAUUCCUGUUUGGAUUAAACCAGGCACCUUGACAUUCCCUCCUUCCGAAGCUGCACCCCCUGUCAUCAUGAUCGGACCUGGGACUGGAUGUGCACCUUUCCGAUCCUACCUGCAGGAGAGGGUAGCAGCUGGUCAUCAUGAGAACUUGGUCAUGAUCUUUGGCUGUAGGAACCGCAACAAGGAUCAUUUCUUCCAAGGAGAGUGGGAAGGCCUGGAGACAGAGGGGAAGCUGCAGCUCUACUGUGCCUUCUCUAGGGACCAGGAGGAUAAAAUCUAUGUGCAGCAUAUCAUGAGAGAGAAUGCCAACACUUUGUGGGAUUUGAUUGGUAAUAAGCAAGCCUUGGUCUAUUUUGCUGGGAAUGCCAAAAGAGUGCCUAUUGAUGUGUAUGAGGCUCUGACAUACAUCUGUGAAAGAGGAAGGGGCCAGGGACCCCAGGAUGCAGAGACAUACAUGAAAAAAGAUCUUGAGAAACGAUACCAGACAGAAACUUGGGCCUAAUGUGGGUGAAGCAUUAUUCAUAGCUUUUGUCCCAUUGAUUAUGUUAUUACUCACCCUGGUUGUUAUAAUGGUUGAUCAUUUUACUCUGUCAUCUAAAAGAUUGUUAGGGUACAUGUUUUAAGGUAGACCAUAAUACUGGUCUAGUAUAUGUAAAUAGUUGUUUUUUUGUAUAUUAUUAUCCAUAGAAUCUGUUAGUGGCUACAGAGAAAACACUCUAUGUAUGUAACCACUCUGAAUGGAUUUUGAUGUAAAUAUUCAUGUGUGUGUAUAAGAAAGAAGAGACAAGAAAUAAAAUCACAUUUAUA